CAGUGGUGCUGGGCACCGGGUCUAGCUGAGGACUGUAAACCCGGGCGGCAGUAAGGAGGAGGGGGACUUUGCAGGGGCCAGUUCUGCUGCCUUGGGGAGGAAGGGAUGGCGGGAGAAGGAAGGGCACAGAUGAAGCAGCCGGGGGAUUCCUAGGUGGGGGUGACCCUCUAGAUCACCUUGUUCUGCGUUCUGGAGCCACACCCCCGACCCCUACACGUUUUUGCCUGGCCGUGCUGAGGUCGGGAGGGAUGCUAAGCGAGCGGUAGCCGCCACUCGGGGGUUUCAGGCUAAACUUUGAGGAGCGCCCCCAUCUCGGCAAUCGCAGGCAGCCGGAGCCUGCUACCUCUUUCUCCCACCUUCCCAUCCCCCACUCUCCCCUCCCCCUCCGAGACCCCAGGGCAGCCACUCCCUCAGAGAGGGCUCCGGGGGCCCCACCAGGUCCCCAGUAUCCGCAGCGGGGAUCAGUUGGUCCAUAGCCUGGUGGAAGGGCCGGUGGUUGGGAGUGGGGGGAGGAGAGAAGGCAGGAAGGAGGGAGGGACUUGGGGUGGGGGGUGGACGGCGGGUGAGCGAGGGGUCGGGGCCCAGCCGCUCGCUCGCGGCAUAGGGAACAGCAGAUUGCACCGAGCCAAUGGCGAAGGCAGAAUAAGGUGGCACCAAAUUCCCCUUGGCCAAUGGCGCGCUGGGGCGCACAGAGGCAUCAUUAGCAUUUCCCCGGCGGCGGCGGCGGCGGAGACGGCGGCAGCGGUUGCGGCGGCUGCAUCCCCGGCUCUAGCCCCGGUCCGGGCCCCGGCCCUCUCCACGCCCCGGCGCUCUGUCUCCUCCCCUCGCCCGCCCUCUUGCACCCUCCACGCCGGGCGGCCGCUACCAACGGCCCCUACUACGCACUUUGGCCCGAGUUGGCAGCGGAUAAAAGGGGUCUGAGGAAAUCCAGGACACGGUCCCCGGGCGUCAGCUGGGGCCUUUAAAUCCCCGCGACUGGGGAGGCUAGAACAGAGCGCGUCUAGGUCGGAGACGCGAAGAGAGCUAGCUAGAAAGGCGAGAGCCGCCGAGAGCUGCUAGCGAGCCAGCGAUCGGAAGAACAAACGAAGGAGGCGCACGGCCCGGCUCCGAGCGCAGAGCGGCGGCGGCGGCGCCGUGCGGGACGGGGCGGGAAGGUGCGGGUUGGAGGGACGGCCUGCGUUGCUGAAAAGCCGAAUCCUGAGCCCAAGUGCCCCCCCUCCCUCGGCAGCUCCAGUCUAAGAAGAGCGAGCCCGGCUCCCGGAGAACCCAGAUGCCGGCCCACUUGCUACAGGAGGAGAUAUCCCCCUCCUACACCAUGACCACCACCACCACCAUCACAGCCCCUUCCAACAGGGCCCUGCAGAAUGGCGCAGCCCGGGCGGCCUCCAAGACCCCCAUGGGGCAGGAGAAAGAAGAGGUCAACUAUGAGAUGAGAGAUGACAUGUUCGACCCGACAUACCGGGAGAAGGAGGGCCCCAAGCCCAAAUUCAUCUACGUGUGGAGGAACAUCAUCCUCAUGGGCAUGCUGCACUUGGGAGCCAUCUAUGGGCUCUUCCUGCUGCCCUCAGCCCAAUUGUACACCCUGCUCUUUGCCUUUGUAUACUAUAUGACGAGCGCCCUGGGCAUCACUGCAGGAGCCCACCGCCUCUGGAGCCACAGGACCUACAAGGCACGCCUGCCCCUCAGAGUCUUUCUGACGAUCGCUAACACCAUGGCAUUCCAGAAUGACAUCUACGAGUGGGCCCGGGACCAUCGUGUGCAUCACAAGUUCUCUGAGACAGAUGCUGAUCCCCAUAAUGCCCAGCGGGGAUUUUUCUUCUCCCACGUGGGCUGGCUGCUGGUCCGAAAACAUCCAGAUGUCAUUGAGAAGGGCCGUUUGCUUGACAUGUCUGAUCUGAAAGCUGAGAAGCUGGUGAUGUUCCAAAGGAGGCACUACAAGCUCGGCAUCCUUUUCUUGUGUUUCCUCAUCCCCACGUUCAUCCCUUACUACUUCUGGGGGGAGAACUUUUCUCACAGCCUGUUUAUUUCCACCCUCCUACGUUAUACCGUCGUGCUCAAUGCCACCUGGCUGGUGAACAGCGCUGCUCACAUGUAUGGCAGCCGACCCUAUGACAAAAACAUCAACCCCCGAGAGAAUAUGCUCGUGGCCCUUGGAGCUGCAGGUGAAGGCUUCCACAACUACCAUCACACCUUCCCCUAUGAUUACUCCGCUAGUGAGUACCGCUGGCACCUUAACUUUACCACCUUCUUCAUCGACUGCAUGUGUUUCCUCGGCUUGGCCUACGACCGAAAGAAAGUCUCCAAGGCAGCUAUCCUUGCCAGAUGCUCCAGAACUGGGGAAGGGAGCGCUAAGAGCGGCUGAGGCCUCCCUCCCUGCCCCCACCACGCCAGCUGGGCAGAGGUCUAAUGUUCUGUUUAUUAACUACUGAAUAAUGCUACCAGAUGCUAAAGAUGAUGAUUUUUUUAACCCAUUCCAGUACAGUAUUCCUUUACAGUGCAAAUGUAUUGAAAGCCAACAACUCUGCCUUUGUGAAUGCCGAGAUGAUCUUGCUUUUCCUCUAAUUCCUUCUCUUUCCUUCCCUCUUCUUCUCUCCUCUCCCACCUUCACUGGCUCCUAGGCAAGUGGCUGGUGUGCCCUGGGCUGGCUCUGUGCAGCUCACUCUUGAUGGUCUUUGCCUUCCCCCUCAGCCAUUCUCUUCCUGAGCCCCCAGGGGUGAGAAGGAAACCUAGAAAGGAGUCAAGGCCACUUUCCCAGCUUCUCUGGGCCUGGCCUCAUCCCCUGCCAGCUGGAGUGGAGGGUCAUUCUUCUUGCCUGCUGUUUCUUCCUGGAAACCCAGCAGGGGCAAGGGAAGUGGCAUGCCUACUCUGAUUUGGGGGAAGAGUGUCAGAAAGAAGGACAAGUCCUCUGCCAGCCCACUUCCCAACAAAGUGGGCUGGAGGGAUGCGAAACCACCUUGUGAGGCUUCCAUAAGCUUAGGGCAAGGAAGCAUUAAGCACACCUUGGGAACCAAAGGACAAGCCUCUCGUUCCUAAUGAAAUUGGCCUGACCUGGGAGAGACUGGGAAAAAGCUACGGAAACAAUAACUCACUUGGAAAAUGGAAAACAAUAACAGACCAACCUCAAGCGACACCCCCUCCUUCCCCUCCUCCUCCACACAGGAGCUUUGGGAAAAGAGGGGGAAGAACAAGUGAUGGCUCCUCUGCUCCCCACUGCAGAGCAGGAGCCAAAGAGUACGGGCAGGGUCCUCGAGCUUCCGUUAGAGGGGAAGGGGCAGAGCCAAUGUUCCAAAGGCCACUGAGCAGUUUCCAGGGGGCAUCCCAGUUGGAAAGCUGGCCCUACAAAUAGGUCAAGUGUGAAACGUCUCUAAUCCUUCCUCUCCCCAUAAGUAGAAACCAAAUUAAGGUGGGUUCACGAAGGUCCCUUCUGUAGCAUUCUCAUCCUGCCCUCCUUUUCCCCCUUACUCUCUUAGAGACUCGCCUGGAUGGGCACAAUAGGAAUUUUUGAGCUAACCCUUGUCUUUCCCUUGCCUCAGUUUCCCCUUCUGUCUCUGAACAGGCAGCUCCCUCGGCUGGAAUUGCUCAGGGCCACAGAGCGCCGCUGGUUUUCCUGCCCCAUUCAGUUGCCCUGCAUAGUCUCUUCCUUCCCUCACUGCCUUGCUGUCCUGCUGACUCCAGGGAGAGCUGGCAAACCUGCUGGGGAACAUCCCAGGGUCAGAUGGAAGCUCAGCUAAUCCCCAACUAAACGCUCCUGUCAUCCCAGUGAGCCAGCCACUGGGGAGGGAGAAGGGUUUGGGUUUUUUUUUCCCUCUCCCCCUCAGCACGCUGGGUGUUCCCUGUUAACUGUGCCAGCCAAGCCCAAGCCUAGCUCAUUUGGGGGGGACUGAGUGGACUGUCUAGAUUGGAAGGGAAAUGAUUGCAAGAUCCUACUCUCCCUUCUCCCCUGCUGGAGCUGCUGGAAGGGCCACAUGACCAAUUUUUUAGCCAGCUGGCUUCGAGCUUGCUCCCACUGUGUAGUCAGGAAGACCCACCACCAGGCCUUGAGGGACCUCAAAGCCCCCUUCCCUUGCACUCCCCUGGCUUUGCUGCUGUCUUACUGGGAAUGCCAGCCCCUGGUUGGGGCAGGGGUGGGAGAGGGCAGCUCCCUUUCUGUCUGGGUUCUAAAGAAACAGACCCAGGCAGGAGAUUCAGACUGGCCGGGAAACCCAGCCUUCAGCUGUUCCUCUCAGUAGAAAAGCAAUAGAAAUGUCCGUGUUUAAUUUAGAUCUGCUGCCUGCUCGGACCUACCCAUAAAGAGGGGUCGGUGGGGUAGUUUAAUUCCACAGGACAUCACAAAAUAAGUUCAGUGAACAAAUAGCUGUUCAGUGGAGACCCAACCUCUGGCCCUACCGAGGCCAGAUGGAGUCCUGGCAUCUGUCUUGACCGAUGACAAAGCUCAAAAAGUGAAGGAACACAUUGAAAACCAACCAACCAAUUUAAAUGGACUCAGGACUGACAGAGCCUGAAUUCCCAUUACUCCUUGCUCUGUGGGCAGGCUAACCAAUUCCUCUGGGUGCCUUCUGUGGGUUCUAAUCAGUAUUGAGGGUGAGUCUGUCUCCCCUCCCAUCUCUGCCGCUUUCUUUGCAGCCUCUGAUGGGAGAGCCGAGAACCAGACCCAGCAGGAGAAUUGACAACGUGUAGGACUGCAUUUCUGUGUUUGUUUCGGGGGAAUUAUGUUUUGUUUUUGGUUUUUUUCUCGAGGGCUUUCUUAUUAAGGGGCCCCGCAUUGAAUGGCGGGUAGAAGUGAUUUGAAUGUAUUUGAUUUAGGUAUUUUGGGGGUUUUUUGUUUUGUUUUUAGAUUAAAAGGUUGCAGCAUUUAAAAAAUAGAAACUUUCCCCUUGGUUUGCUUGUAUCCUGAAAGUUCUCUUCAAAAGUUCAGCUCACACAAACCAGAGCAAGACGUGGAAGGAAGUAAGAUGGAUGUUACUGGAGUGGUUUAGGGAAGGGGGGGGCUCCCCUCCGAGCUCUGCCGCUGACUUGCUGUGUGACCCUGGGCAAGUCACUUAACUAUCUGUGCCUCAGUUUCCCUGUCUGUUAAAAAUGGGGAUAAUAAUACUGACCUACCUCACAGGGCAGUUGUGAGGCGGGACUAAUGUUUGCAAAGCACCUUGCUGACACUUCUUCAGCCGAGGGAGCCUGGCUCAGAGUAAAGAUGGAGUAGCUGAACUGAGCAUGUUGGGAAGGGGGUGGAUGGUGGGAGGGAGGGGAAGCUGGAGAGCUCAGCAACUCUGUUGCUAUGGAAACAUAAGCAGGAUACCUUUUCCUGGGUUGGGAAUUUUUUCCUUUAUUUUGGAUCGUAGUAUCUGUGACCUGCGAAGAAUAAUUUUGGAAUAAUUUCUAUUAAUAUUGACUUUGAAGUCGUUUACUGAUCUGAGAUUGUGUUUGUUCAUAAUAAAAGUGAAGUGAAUCCGAA